CAGAAAUGCCAGGAGGAGCAGGAUAUCUUUGAUCCACACAGACCUUUUCCAUUUAUGUGCUUCAGCAAUCUACUGCCAACAACUGAAGCUAUCUAGCUUCUUUACUUUCUUUUUACAACUGAUGUCCUUUUGGUUUACAUUUCUGUCCAUUUCUAGGCAGAUGGAACAAUGAACACAUUUAGACUUAAUCCUUCAACUUCUAGUUCUGUUUCAUUUCAGCUCUUGAGGCUUAGCAUCUUCCUGCUACUCAGCCUUCCUGGCUCCAAAGGAAAAGCAAUCUGUACAGCUCAUCUGAACAUAACCUUCCAGGUGGGAAAUCGGAUUAUAUCAGAACUAGGAGAAAGUGGAGUGUUCGGGAAUCAUUCUCCUCUGGAACGAGUAUCUGGUGCCUUAGUACUUCCUGACGGUUGGAAUCAGAAUGCUUGUAAUCCUUUGACCAAUUUCAGCAGACCUGAACAUGCAGACUCUUGGCUGGCUCUCAUUGAAAGAGGAGGCUGUACUUUUACACAUAAAAUCAAUGUGGCAGCAGAAAAGGGAGCAAAUGGGGUGAUCAUUUAUAACUAUCCAGGUACUGGCAACAAAGUGUUUCCUAUGUCUCACCAGGGAACAGAAAACAUAGUGGCAGUGAUGAUAGGCAACCUAAAAGGCGUGGAACUAUUGCACUUGAUUCAGAAAGGAGUUUAUGUGACCAUCAUCAUUGAAGUUGGGAGAAUACACAUGCCUUGGCUGAGCCAGUAUGUCAUGUUUUUGUUUACCUUCCUAUCAGCGGCAGUUGCAUACAUCUUAUACUGUGCCUGCAGAUCCGGCAUGCACAAUUCUUCCACCAGGAGAGGAAGACGGGUGAAGGCUGAUGUAAAGAAAGCUAUUGGUCAGCUUCAGCUUCGAGUGCUCAAAGAAGAGGAUAAAGAGCUAGAUCCAGAUGAGGACAAUUGUGUUGUUUGUUUGGACACAUACAAACCACAAGAUGUAAUACGCAUUUUAACUUGCAAACAUUUUUUUCAUAAGACAUGCAUUGACCCUUGGCUUUUAGCUCAUAGGACAUGCCCCAUGUGCAAAUGUGACAUUCUGAAAAUUUAAGCGCAGAAAACCUGAAAAUGUAGCCAAGUCUUUCCAAGGACGGAGAGUAGAUUAAUUCUCUUACUUCACUUUAUAUGGACAGAAAGUGUCCUAUCGGCUUCUUUACCC